UAUUAUUUAUCUAUUUACGUUAUUUACUUUGAAUUGAUUCGAUAUAAGAUCUUUUCAUAUAAAUUUAUUUAAAAGAGUAGGAGACCAGCUUCAAUGACUUUGUAUUGAACAGAGUUAAUCAUCAAGCAGUUUUUUUCAUACGCUGAGAUUCAAAUCAUUAUCAUCGUUUAGUGUGUAAACUUUUUAAAACUAACUGAACUUUGCAAUAAUGAAUUCCACUCCCCCACCAUUGAAAGGUAAGUUCGAGUUUUGUUUCAACAACGAUUUGAGUGAUUGUGAGUUUAUAGUUGGAAAAGACAAGUGUAGAAUCAGAGGAUAUAAACUGUUUUUCGCGAUUUCUAGUCUAGUUUUUCGAGCCAUGCUGUACGAUGACCCCAAGAAUGUUGUGACUUUUCUAGUAGAGGACGUUGAACAAGUUGAAUUCAAUGUUAUGAAACAAUUUUUCUACACAGGUAGUGUGCAUUUCACUUCAAGUCUUCAUGCAUGUUCAGUGUAUUUGGCUUCAUGGAAGUAUGUGGAUCCCGACCUGAUGACAACGUGUGUUCAAUACAUAAAAAACAAUAUCUCAGUUACAGAAGUAAUAGGGGUGUAUGCAUUUUCACGGUUCAAUAACAUUCCAGACAUUGAAACAAUUUGCUACCUGAUUUUUCAAGACAGAACGAGAGAAAUAAUGGAAAGUGAAAAGUUUCUUUCAGCUGAUAUCCACACCUUAGAAACAAUAUUGCAGUUAGAAUCAUUAAACUUGAAGUCGGAGUUGGAAGUGUUCAAAUAUGCAGAGAAAUGGGUUCUCGCAGAGGCUGGUCGAAGGAACAUUGGUAAGCAACAACUAGGAGCACAUUUCAAUAGUAUCACAAAGCAGAUACGGUUCCUGACCAUGACUAAACAUCAAUAUCAGGAAGGCCCCUACAAGUCUGCCUUGUUAACUGCAGAGGAGAAACAGUUGAUCGCUCACAAUCUUUUGGGAUUUGAAGAUGAAUUACUCCAGAAUUCGAGUGACAAAACGAAGCAUCGUGUUUUCACAGGAAACGAAGAGGAAGAAAAGCGCGGCGAAUAGGAUGAAGGAAGAGACGUCACAAACGAAGAGGGGAAAGAAAAUACUGAGCAGUCAGUUGAGAAAAUAUCAAAAAAUCCAACCAAUGCUGAGAAAUUUUAUUUUUUUCACAGUUAAGAAAACGAAACAUCACUUCAGUUAUCAAGGACUAGAUUUUGAAAUAAACCAGGAAAAAGGAAACAUACAGGAGCCGCUAGGAAAAAGAAUAGCUUGGAAAACUCUCAUAAACAAACACAAAUUCAAGUUACUUUCGGUGGAAAAAAUGAAAAUUAUUUGGAGAAAUGGACAAAGAUUUAACAAUACAAUAUUUGAGAAUGUUUCAACUAUAGAAAGUGAUGAACACAUAUUUCCUUGUAUUGCUUCAGGUGAACCUCCUUCAACAGGUAUAGUGAGAAUUGAUUU